GCGGGAAGAACACAUCGACCGAGGACCGAAAAUGAGACUUAGGUGUAUGUAAUAACUUCAUAACUGGUAAUAACAGUCGCUUUUGAUAUUGUUGUAUAGUGGGUUAAUUUCAUUAAGAGAGGAAUAAGAAAUUCAAUUUUAGAGUACUUCUACAAGUAAUUUUAUAAAAAUGGUAUCAAAAAUAUCAAAGGAUUAUGCAAAAGUUAGGGAACAACUGAAAACUUUCUUGACGGAAUUUAUUGUAAUGGAUAAGACAACUGGUGAAAAAUUAUUCAAAUAUAAACAGCAACUCACUAAUAUUGCUCAUCGUGAACAAGUGGAACUUACAAUAGAGUUAGAUGAUGUUCAUGAAUUUGAUGAUGAAUUAGCAGAAUCAAUAACAAGUAAUACUCGAAGAUAUGUAAAUUUACUUUUGGAUCUCAUUCAGGAAAUGUUGCCUGACUUUAAAACAAAAUCUGUACCACCAAAAGAUGCUUUAGAUGUGUAUAUCGAACAUAGAUUAUUGAUGGAAAGUCGUAAUAAACAUCUUGGUGAACAACAUGAUUCAAGAAAUAAAUAUGCACCAGAACUUAUGAGACGCUUUGAAGUAUAUUUCAAAGAUUUUGAUGCAGCGAAAGCAUAUUCUGUGAGGGACAUUAAAGCAGAUAAGAUAGGAAAACUAGUUACUGUACGAGGUAUAGUAACAAGAUCUAGCGAUGUAAUGCCUUUACUUGUUGUUGCUACAUAUACAUGUGAUCAAUGUGGUGCUGAAACAUUCCAACCAGUACAAUCUCUUAAAUAUAUGCCAAUACGAAUAUGUCCCAGUGAUGAUUGUCGUAUAAAUAAAUCUGGAGGUGUAUUAGAAAUGCAAACAAGAGGAUCAAAAUUUGUCAAAUUUCAAGAAAUAAAAAUACAAGAACAUAGUGAUCAAGUUCCUGUGGGUCAUAUUCCACGUACUUUAACAGUGUAUUGCAGGGGUGAAACAACAAGAAAGUGUUUACCUGGAGAUCAUGUACUUAUUACAGGUAUUUUCCUACCAAUCAUAAAAUCAGGGUUUAGUGCUAGAGCUGGAGCUGCUCUUUUGAAUGAAACUUAUCUAGAUGCACACAAAAUCGUUUGCCUUACUAAUAUGCAAUCUGCUGAUGAUACUACUGCUGAAUUGACUGACGAAGAAUUGUCUUUAUUAAUCGAAGACGAUUUUUAUGGCAAAUUGGCUCGUUCCAUAGCUCCGGAAAUUUAUGGGCUUGAAGAUGUUAAAAAAGCGCUGUUAUUACUUCUCGUUGGUGGGACGGAUAAACAUCGAGAGGACAUUAAAAUCAGAGGAAAUAUUAAUAUUUGUUUAAUGGGUGAUCCUGGAGUUGCAAAAUCUCAGUUGCUUUCAUUUAUAACAAGGUUGGCGCCGCGAUCUCAGUAUACAACUGGCAGAGGUUCUUCGGGAGUUGGCUUAACUGCAUCAGUUAUGAAAGAUCCUUUAACUGGUCAAAUGAUGCUUGAAGGAGGGGCUUUGGUAUUAGCUGACGAAGGUGUUUGUUGUAUUGAUGAAUUUGAUAAAAUGGCAGACGCAGAUCGUACAGCUAUCCACGAAGUGAUGGAACAACAAACAAUAUCUAUUGCCAAAGCGGGAAUUACGGCUCGUUUAAAUGCAAGAGUUUCUAUAUUAGCCGCGGCAAAUCCUGCAUAUGGCAGAUACAAUCCAAAAAGAACAGUUGAACAGAACAUUCAGUUACCUGCUGCCUUACUAUCUAGGUUUGAUCUGUUAUGGUUAAUUCAGGAUCGAGCUGAUCGUAGCAAUGAUUUAAAAAUGGCUCAACAUAUAACUUAUGUUCAUCAACAUUGUAUUCAGCCUCCCAUGGAGUCGCAAGCAUUAGAUAUGAAUUUAAUCAGGAAGUACAUCAACUUGUGUAAAACGAAGCAGCCUGUUGUCCCCGAAGAUUUAACAGAGUAUAUAGUUGAAUCCUAUGUGGAAAUGAGAAGGGCGGCUCGCAAUAGUCAGGACAGAACAUUCACCUCUGCACGUAACUUACUGGCUUUAUUGCGUUUAUCUACUGCAUUGGCGCGUUUAAGAUUAACAAAUACUGUUGAAAAGGCGGAUGUAAUGGAGGCGAAUAGAUUGAUCGAGAUGUCGAAACAUUCUAUUAAUUAUUCUGAAAUACUGUCGACGAAUACAAAUCAGAAUCCAAUGAACCGAAUUUUCCAUCUCAUUAAGGAAUUAGCCGGUGACAAAAAAACUGUUAAAGUAUCAGACAUUUUAGAACGGUGCACAAACAAAGGAUUCAAGCCUGAUCAAGUCAAUGACUGUAUCGAAGAAUACGAGGCCCUAAAUGUGUGGCAAGUGAAUCAAACAAGAACUCAAAUUACAUUUAUUUAAUUAUUUAUCCAAAUGACUGUACAUAAAAUACUUGUUAUACUGCUUUCGACGGUAUUCCUACAUUUUUAUCUAUUUCGAUGAAUAAAUUUCGUACUUUAUUAGUAA